CGCCACUUCCGGCGUGCGAGGCGGUGACAAUGGGAGCGGCGCGGGCGGCGCCGGGAGGCAGCUGACAGGCGUCUUCGGCUCCGCUUCAUGGCCGCUCUCCCGCGCAGCCUGCGCUGUGUGAGGACACGGGCGGCCCGCGGCCGUCCGCAGCCGUCCGCAGCCGGGGCCGGAGGCGGGAGGCCGAGCUGGGACGUGCGAGCCGCGCCGCUGAGGCGUAGCAUGUGAAGCGGAGACGGCCUCGAGCGCGGGGCGAGCCUCUCAGCCGGCCGGCAUGGCCACGACGGCCGAGCUCUUCGAGGAGCCUUUUGUGGCUGAUGAAUACAUCGAGCGUCUGGUGUGGAGAACCCCAGGAGGUGGUUCUAGAGGUGGAUCUGAAGCUUUUGAUCCCAAAAGGUUGUUAGAAGAAUUUGUGAAUCAUAUUCAAGAACUUCAGAUAAUGGAUGAAAGAAUUCAAAGGAAGGUGGAGAAGUUAGAACAGCAGUGUCAGAAGGAAGCUAAGGAAUUUGCUAAGAAGGUACAAGAGCUCCAGAAAAGCAAUCAGGUUGCCUUUCAACAUUUUCAAGAAUUAGAUGAGCACAUUAGCUAUGUAGCCACAAAAGUGUGUCACCUUGGAGACCAAUUGGAGGGGGUAAAUACACCUAGACAACGUGCAGUAGAGGCUCAGAAAUUGAUGAAAUAUUUUAAUGAGUUUCUAGAUGGAGAAUUGAAAUCUGAUGUUUUUACAAAUUCUGAAAAGAUAAAGGAAGCAGCAGACGUCAUUCAGAAGCUGCAUCUGAUUGCCCAAGAGUUACCUUUCGACAGGUUUUCAGAAGUAAAAUCCAAAAUUGCAAGUAAAUACCAUGAUUUGGAAUGCCAGCUGAUUCAGGAGUUUACUAAUGCCCAAAGAAGAGGAGAAAUCUCCAGGAUGAGGGAAGUAGCCGCAGUUUUACUUCAUUUCAAGGGUUAUUCCCAUUGUAUUGAUGUUUAUAUAAAGCAGUGCCAGGAGGGUGCUUACUUGAGAAAUGAUAUAUUUGAAGAUGCAGCAAUACUCUGUCAGAGAGUGAACAAGCAAGUUGGAGAUGUCUUUAGUAAUCCAGAAGCAGUCCUGGCUAAACUUAUUCAGAAUGUGUUUGAAAUCAAACUACAGAGUUUUGUGAGAGAUCAGCUAGAAGAAUGUAGGAAAUCAGACGCUGAGCAGUAUCUCAAAAGUCUCUAUGAUCUGUAUACAAGAACCACCAGUCUCUCCAGCAAAUUGAUGGAGUUUAACUUAGGUACUGAUAAACAGACUUUCUUGUCUAAGCUUAUCAAAUCCAUUUUCAUUUCCUAUUUGGAGAACUAUAUUGAAGUGGAGAUUGGAUAUUUGAAAAGCAGAAGUGCUAUGAUCCUACAGCGCUAUUAUGAUUCAAAAAACCACCAAAAGAGAUCCAUUGGCACAGGAGGUAUUCAAGAUUUGAAAGAAAGGAUUAGACAACGUACCAACUUACCACUGGGGCCAAGUAUUGAUACGCAUGGGGAAACUUUCCUAUCUCAAGAAGUGGUAGUUAAUCUUUUACAAGAAACCAAACAAGCCUUUGAGAGAUGUCAUAGGCUUUCUGAUCCUUCUGAUUUACCAAGGAAUGCCUUUAGAAUUUUUACCAUUCUUGUGGAAUUUUUAUGUAUUGAGCAUAUUGAUUAUGCUUUAGAAACGGGGCUUGCUGGAAUUCCAUCAUCAGAUUCUAGGAAUGCAAAUCUCUAUUUUUUGGAUGUUGUACAACAGGCCAAUACUAUUUUUCAUCUUUUUGACAAACAAUUUAAUGAUCACCUUAUGCCACUAAUAAGCUCUUCUCCCAAGUUAUCUGAAUGCCUUCAGAAGAAAAAAGAGAUAAUUGAGCACAUGGAGAUGAAAUUGGAUACUGGCAUCGAUAGGACAUUAAAUUGUAUGAUUGGACAGAUGAAGCAUAUCUUGGCUGCAGAACAAAAGAAAACAGAUUUUAAGCCAGAAGAUGAGAACAAUGUUUUGAUUCAGUAUACUAACGCAUGUGUAAAAGUCUGUGUUUAUGUGAGAAAACAAGUUGAGAAGAUUAAAAAUUCCAUGGAUGGGAAGAAUGUGGACACAGUUCUGAUGGAACUUGGAGUCCGUUUCCAUCGGCUUAUUUAUGAGCAUCUUCAACAAUAUUCCUAUAGCUGUAUGGGUGGCAUGUUAGCAAUUUGCGACGUAGCUGAAUAUAGAAAAUGUGCCAAAGACUUCAAGAUUCCCAUGGUAUUACAUCUCUUUGACACUCUGCACGCACUUUGCAAUCUCCUGGUCGUCGCUCCAGAUAACUUAAAGCAAGUCUGCUCAGGAGAACAGCUCGCCAGUCUGGACAAGAGCAUACUUCACUCCUUCGUCCAACUCCGUGCUGACUAUAGAGCUGCCCGCCUAGCUCGACACUUCAGCUGAGUGAAGUUACAAAGGAAAUGUGUUCUAUUUCGGAAGGCCUCGGAUGGUAGAAAGCACAGGAGAUUCCUUAUGACACAGCCAAUAUUUUACAGAAAAAAAAAAAUGACUGGAAGAAAUCAGCAGCCAUACUUACCCAGGAAUUUUAUUUGAAAUCUGGACACCACUAGCUAUAUUUGCUUUUUAUCUUUUCCCUAUUACAUUGAAUUCCAUGCUUUAAUUUAUAAAUUUCAAAUUCUAUAAACCUGUAUGUGACUGUUAUAAUCCUGAAAAGCGUUGGUGUCAGAAGCUGAAUGAAAUUUCACCAGUGUGCUGGUCCUUGAUCUUGAACUUAUUCUAUCUGGAAAUCUUAGCAUCCUGUUUGCAUUAAAAUAGGUGAAGUGCAGUAAAACUUCAUUUCUUAUUUAUUAGUUUUUCAGUUAACUUUUCAGCACUGGUGAUUGAAGAACUUGUUACGACUCAAAAGGACCAGAGUGGAGAGUCAUUUCUAUAGGUGGUUGGGGCUGUUCUCUGAGGUACAGCAGCGCUAGCCCGGAACUGUCUCAAGUAGAUGUUAGGAACAGAUCAGAGUAGGUCUACUUUCUGGGUAAAACUUAAAGUUUACUCUUUCUUAUUUGAUAAAUAGAUUUUAAGUCAAUUAAUUAGCAAGACGUUAAUGAAACCUUAUUUUAUAUUUAACUUAAGGUGGAAUACUUUAAAGGACCAUGUUUGUUAUUUUAGUACUCUGAGUAAAAAGUGACUUAUGGUGUAAACCGUGUUUAUGAGAGAUAGCAACAUGUUUAGCCAGUGCCGUCAGUCCCUUAAGACCAGCCUUGAAUGAGAUGGGAUAGCUAAACAUGCAGUCAUCUUCUAUUCUAUUGAGAGUUUCAGGCAAUAAAUAAAUAGUGUAUAUUCCAAGUCUGGAGGCAAGCUUACAGCAAAAGCCGGCCUUUCAGAUCUGAAGAUUCUUUCAUUGUCCAUUUUCAAGGCAUUUCUGAAGUUUUUCCUAUUUUGGAUGUUAUUAAUUGAAUUGGGUUAAUAUGACAAACUAAUAAAUAACUCAACAAAAAUUUAAACAUCAUAUAAAAAUGUAGAAAGGCCAUUGUUCUAUAAACCCUAUUAACUUAUUCUGUGAGAGUAUGUUCUAAGUUAUACAUAGUGCAUUCUUCAUGGUCUCUAGGACCCAGGGAAGCUGUAAUGUUCAGUUCAUUCAUAGCAAUGUUUUCUCUUAAUAUAGGGUUUGGCCUAAUUGGGGGAAGCUGUCUCUUUCUACUGAGAACCUCACUCUGCAUAGUUGUCAGCAUUUCCAGCUGUCUAGUCCAGAACUAGCUACUGUACAAGUUACUGUUGACUGGAUUUUCAUUUUCUAUUUAGCCCAGUGUUACAAAGGUAAGCAAGGACAAUGAGCACGCCAACUUUUGUCACUUUUAUAGGACAUUGUGGCAGGUUUGGAGGUUUUCCAGAUAGCGAUCCUCAGAAAAGGAAAGCCAGAACAGGUUCUAGAUCCUAGAAAGCUGUGCUUGUACUGUUGCCACUUUAGAGAACACUGCUGUGAAUUCAGAUCAUACCUCUGUUAUUAAAGCCAACAGUUUAAGGCAGGCGUUUACUGGCCAUUUGAACUCUUUGUACAGUGUCAAUUUGUAAAAAAAAAAAAAAAAAAGCAGAAGAAAAAAAUCAAAUAAAACAUGAGAAAACAUUUUAAGACUUCCAAAUCAGAGAAGCACUUCAAAUUAUUUUGUUUGGAUUAAUUUUUAAAAAUGUAAAGCAG